AUGAAUGCCUUAUGUUGGAACUGCCGGGGAAUUGGGAACCCCCGGACAGUUUAUACGUUGCGCGAUUAUGUGCGGCGAUGGACUCCCUAUUUAGUCUUCCUUGUGGAGACCAAAGUAAAACACAAACGUAUGGAAAAAAUAAAAUUUUCUCUGGGUUUCUCCAAUGGUCUCAUAGUUCCCAGCCGGGGUCAAAGUGGGGGCCUUGCUCUCUUCUGGUCUACGGAUGUAAAUCUCGAAAUUAAAUCAUACUCUCAGUAUCACAUUGAUGCAACCAUCACUGAGCAGGACAGCAACUUCACUUGGAGAUUCACGGGGUUCUACGGUCACCCCGAAUCCAAUUUAAGGAAAGAUUCAUGGAAACUUCUCUCUUAUCUAAAUAACCAAUUUUCUCUGCCAUGGUUUUGCUGCGGCGAUUUUAACGAAAUUUUGUCUGUGACUGAAAAAUCAGGUGGCCCCCCUAGAACUCAACGUCAAAUGGAUGGCUUUAGAGAGGCGCUGAAUUUAUGUGGGUUUCAAGACUUGGGCUUCUCAGGGCCCCAGUAUACUUGGUGUAAUAUGCGAGACAAUAGUGACUGGGUUUACCUCCGCCUGGAUCGAGCCUUUGCAAAUUCUGACUGGUCAAACAAGUUCAGCAAUUGCAAGGUUUAUCAUGUGGUUAAUUCUACUUCCGACCAUUGCAUACUGAAAAUUACUGACUCUAUUGCCUCUCCCCCUCGUCGGAACCGCCGUUUCCAUUUCGAAGCUUUGUGGGCCAAGCGUGAUGAUUGCUAUGGCAUUGUGGAAGCUGCUUGGAACAGGGGAAGUCUCGAAAGCACUCUUGAAGGUAUUAACUCAAAUCUUAGCUUGUGUGCUUCUGCCUUGACCUUAUGGAGUAGAGAUGUCAUUGGUAACAUUCCUAAGAAAAUUCAAGAGCAUAAGAAAUUGCUGAAUACUCUAACCACUCUUGAUCGGGAUGGCUCGCACAGUGUAGAAAUUAAUGAAUUAAGGAAAGAUUUAAAUGGUCUUCUGGACAGUGAGGAGAUCCUUUUGCAUCAAAGAAGCAAAAUUCACUAG